UUGAUCCAAACGGAAAGCUGCCCUUGGCUUUGCAAAAGAGAUCCCCUCUUUUUGCUGGGGAUGGGAUCCCCUCCUGCUGCCCCCUUUAUCUGGGGGAAGACACUGAAGGCGAUGCUCCCUUUGCUGCUCUUUCUCCUCUGGUCCCAAACCUUGGAAACUUUGGAAAGGCAGCGCAGGAGACAGGAUCUGGAGGCAAGGAGCUGGGAAGGAGGCUCGGGGGCUCCAGAUGCAGUCGAAGUAAAUCUGUUGGAGAAGCUGGCCUCCUGCAGCCAGGGCUGGGGCAAUGUUUCACUCAGCUAUGACAAAACCAACUGCAGCAUCUUGGAGGUUGGCCAGUAUGCAACUCUUAGCAUCCCUUCGGCGGAAGCCUUUGGGGAGAACUUUGCAGAUGAGCUGAGCCUGCUGGUGGUGAUCAGGUACCUUCUGAAGGAGGACACCAGCCUCUUGACCAUCAUCGGACUUCAUAGUGACAUCCUGUUUCAGAUCAGAAUUAGCCCGUAUGCCUUGGUUUUUGUUGCCAGCCGGAGACGACAUUAUGAGUUUCCUGUUUCCUCUCUGGCUGAUGGAGACUGGCAUCGCAUUGGCCUCAGCAUAUCCUCUGAAAGACUGGUUCUGUACAUAGACUGUCAUCUGGUGGAGAGCAUUGUCUGGCCCAGACACUCUGGCAUGGGGGUGACCACAGAAGGCUUAGUGGUUAUCGGAGGACUGAUUGAACCCUUUGAGAUCCCCUUUGAGGGUUCACUGAGACAGCUAACUUUCUGGAUGGGAGAUGCCGGAGCUGCAAGCGAAUGCUGCCAUGCCUGCUAUAGUUCCUGCGGCCAUCCUACAGAUGAGGAAGCCCAGCACAACCAGCACCGUUCCCGAGAGACGUUUCCCCAAGUUUGGACUCAGGGCUCAGAGUUUGAUGCUUCAGAUGUUGUUUGGAAGUCCUCCACAGAGCACGAAGACCUUCAGAAGAACGUCAGUGUCAUGUCCAACAGACAUCUGACGGCAUCACAGGCAGCUUCCAAAAGACCAAGGGAGGAAGAUGAAGACGAGGAGAGUCUCCAUCUCGGAGAAGAAGAGCUUAGUGUCUUCAACUCUACCUACAACAAAAUUACUAGAACUAGAGGUCACAUCUCAGAAAGGAUAGAAAAUGCUGGUGAAUCCCUUUCCCCAUGGUCCUCUCAAGUGCUCAAGGAUUCUCUUGUGGCUAAUAAUAAUGUUAUCCUUUCAGAAACACCUUCCAAAGGAAGUCAUUUGGCUGACAGGAAAGUGGACAUCUCAAGACCCUUAGAUGAGAACGUCAUGAAGGAAAAGCUCAAAGGAGAUGCUAACCCCUGGAGACAGCUCUCAACUGCUAACUCCCAUGACCCCAUUGUAGACCCCAACAACCCCUUCACCUUCCUAAAAAUUCCAGCAAAAGGGAGUCAUUCCUCAGAGCAUGCAGCUAGAGAACAUCUUCCUACAUCCCAUGCUGAGGUUGCAACUUCUGUGAGGAAAGACCAAAGAAACCAUUCUGGUCCAUCAAAGAGCCCUUCCCGUCUCAUGAGACCACCAAAAACCAUGCUAAAGACCUCUUCUGUGAAUUUUGAAGGAGGCACCCAUAGACAAAUGACUCUGAUCCCAUCCAAAGGGGUCCCUGAGCAGAAUUCUGAUCCAAGAACCUUCUUCCAUUUGAGGGAGAUGCAGAGGAUCCACCUUAAGCCAGGACGCCUUGGUCCACCUGGUCCACCAGGUUUGCCUGGUUGUCCAGGGAGGCGUGGGUCAAUGGGGCCCAAGGGGAACAAGGGAAACCCUGGCGCUAUUGGACGAACGGGUCCUACUGGUGACCCAGGGCAUCCUGGCAUGCCUGGUGUACCUGCCAUCAUCCUCUGGAGGAACUCUAAGGAGGACUGGUUGGCAUUUAUGCAAUCCUCAUUUUAUCAGCUUCUCCAUGCCGGCUGGCCGAGUCAAACAGGACCUCCAGGGCCGGUGGGUCAUCCCGGAAAGCCAGGGUUGCCUGGUCUUCCCGGAUAUCCAGGUGAGCCAGGUGAAAAAGGUUGGAAAGGAUACCAGGGUGACCCUGGACCACCAGGCCUUCCAGGACGUGAUGGUUUUCCUGGUUCAGAUGGACCUCCAGGCAUAGAUCAAAACCUUGGGCCACCUGGACCACCUGGGGAACAGGGUCCUCAAGGAUUUAAGGGAGACAAAGGAACUGCUGGAGAAAAAGGAGAGGAGGGUUUUCGGGGGGAUUCUGGGGCUGCAGGUGAAAAGGGGGAGAAAGGCGCAAAGGGGAUCAAAGGGGAACGUGGACCUUCUGGGCCGGUUGGGGUUCAGGGUGUGAAGGGUGUUAGAGGCCCACCCGGUUUCCAGGGACGCCCCGGACCAAUGGGCGAAGCUGGCUUCGUGGGCUGUUCAGGACCUGCCGGACCAGCGGUAAUAAUUUCAGCAUGUCUUCGGUUGGUCUUGAAAUCCCAUUUGUGCUCUGUCCCAGAAAUGAUCCCCAUCAACCUGUGA